ACUAAAGAAGCCUCUUGUCUUCCCAUUUUCCCCGCUUUCUCUCUGUCUCUCUCUCUCGCUUUACCAACAAAAACCAUCAAUAGCUAAGACUCAGCUCAGCACUUAUAAUACAAACACAGUCUUCUCCUCCAUGGCAGCACUUUCCAAAAAGCUAAUCUCAAUCUUCUUUAUCAUCAUCAUCGUCAUCCUGGGAAAUACUCCCAUUGUACCAGCGGCGGAGGGAAACUGGUGCGUGGCAAGAAGCGAUGUAGGAAACCAGGCAUUGCAAACUGCUCUGGACUAUGCAUGUGCCACUGGUGCUGACUGCAGCCCUAUACAGUCUAAUGGGCUGUGCUUCCUCCCCAACACCCUCCAAGCUCAUGCUUCCUAUGCCUUUAACAGCUAUUUCCAACGCAAGGCCAUGGCCCCUGGUUCUUGUGACUUCUCUGGCACUGCCACUGUUGCCAGAACUGACCCCAGUUAUGGAUCUUGUGUGUACCCAUCUUCUUUAAGAACUGCUGGAGGGGCAACUACAAACACAACAACGACAAACCCAAAUUCACAAAUGCCGACAACUACUACGCCGGCAUAUGGAGGUGGUACUGCUGGACUGAAUCCUGGAAACGGGAUGACUCCAACUCUACCCACCGACAAUUCUAAAGCCUCAGCCGGGUUUACGGCAGCAACAAUCUCAAUGCCCAUUUCCCUCUUAACAGUUCUCUCAUUUACGUUCUGAUUCAUGCCAGUCUUCUAAGAAAGAGCUACAUUGGCCUAAUCCUGAAGGAAGAUUCUUGGACAGUUUUAUUAGAAGCUGGAGUCCUAUUUGUUGCUACCAUCUAGCUUCCUGGUUUAGCAUUUGAUCCUUCAUUUUCUGCUUUACUACAUUCGGAAGCUAUUCCUGGCAAGCUUCAAAUAUAGAUACUUGUUUGCCAUCAUUUAGUCAGCAAGGGAAUUUGGAUAGCUGCACCUCUAUUGUAGUUCAAUCCUUGUAGGUCCACAUAUUCAAUUCAAUUGUUCAACCUGAUUCUUGUAACUCUACUAUUAUUAAUGGCAAGGAGUAUGAAUGUUGCUGAAUUAACU